GAUGCGAAGGAUUUGAAGACAAUUCAGGAUAUGUACCGUGAAGGACGAUUCGUAUAUGAGCUUGCAAUCGACCUUGGCGUUCGAACAUGGAACGCAACCGUUCGUCGCACCGUUGCAACUGGUGAUGAGGAAAACAUCACGAUUGCUGGUCAAACGUAUCAUUCGAGGGCGAAACGAUCAAAACGUAGGCAGAAAGAAGAACGAUGGCAGAGGACAUUCAAGGGGCAACUACAACGCGACCUUCGGUCAUAUCCAGUGGUACCCUCGCCAAAGUCAAAGGAUGCAUGGAAGAGCUACAUUUGUCAUCCGUUGACUAUGAUGGCACUGGGAAUUGCUGUGUUUGGAACGCGCAAGUACGCUCGCCUCAGUUUCGACAAAUACGUGAAGUCAACUCGAGCCAGCGACAAAAUUGCCGCAUCGUUAACGAACAAAAAGCCAUCAAUGAUUUACUUGGGCACAGCACAAAUGGCACCGAACUCACCGAUUGAAAUCAAAAGACGAUUGCGAUGCCCCGGCAUAAGAAAAUUGUUGGCCAGCUUCAAGAAAUUGAACAAUUGCACCGUUCGUUUCGUCGAUGAGUACUUCACAUUGCAGACAUGCGCAAAAUGCUUUGGACGUUUCGAUCCACGAACCAAACGAAAUCGGUUCAAAGUUUGCCGACAGUUCUGGCUGAAUGGGUAUGAUGGUCAAAUAUUGCCAAACAAAAUCGUGACCACAUUAAGUAGCCGAAAACUGAAGAAAGCACACAAAGAGGAGAAGGACGAACGAAUGCAACAGAAUGUGAACAACAAUCAGCCACGUAACGCAGCCAAUCCGACUCGACCAGCUAAAACACGUUUGGGGUCAAAACUUUGCAAAUACUAUAAAUGUCAUUCAAAUCAAGCUGGUGACUUGGAGUGGUAUGCGUCACACAUAGAUCAGAACGUAACCAAUUGGCAUCGUGACGUAGUGGCUGCAAAGUGCAUUCUAUACAAAGGUCGUUGCGAGGUGUUCGGAUACCGCAUUCACCCGAAUCUAUCGAGACCGGUACAGCACAACGAACAGAACAUCUCCGAAGAUGAGGAUGAUGAAUAGAUUGCAGCAACCACUAGCAGUAGCACCAACUCCAUAUCACUUAAGAAUACAUUUUAAAAACAAUACUUGUACUAACGAUUUGUUAGCCAACUGGCCUUGAUUAAUUUGCGGGCCUGAGUGAGCAGCCUUCUAUUGUUCACGGG